CUGCCCCUUCCUCCUCUAGGUAGCAGAAAGCCAGGUCCCUCACUGUAGGCUGGUGCUGGAAGGUUGGACUGUCAUUAACUGGGGACAUGACAAGAAAAACAGGACUGGCCAUGGUUGGGGACAGGGACUGACCACUCACUCACCUUUCCUAGAGAGGGAGAGAUUGAUAGAGCAGUGAACUCCAUGUGACCUAAGUGAAAGCUCUAGGGAAGAAAGUUUAACAAGGUAACCAUCAAGGGGUGAACUGUGCCCAAGUGAUCUUUGACAUUAUGUUGCUCUUAAUGCUAUCCAAAGGCCAUCAUGGCCUGAAAACAGACCAAACAACCAUUCCUUGGCAGAUGGUGGCUGAGCAGUUCGGGUCUUCAGUCUCUGCCAUGCGGGAGCCUCUUCAUCCACACUGAAGAACAGGGAUGGGGGCAAUGGGUCAGGCCACCACAGUCACAUCCCAAAGCCCCAGAGUAAACAUGAUGGUCACUUAAUUAAACAGAAGCUUCUGGGCCAGGCAGGAAUGGCUUCAGAGCCUCUCACAGCUGCAACAAGUGACCUUAGGGAAACUGCCUAGAGUUGCUAGGCAACCAUGCAAUAGGGGUUGUCUGAGCCCACAUCUGAAGAUGUGAUGACAAUGAAGUUGGUGACUGGGACAGACUACUACAGCAGUGUUAGAUACUAUUGCUAGUCAUCAGCCCCUGGGGUCGGGGCAGAACAGUGGCAACCCCAUCCCCUGGGGACAGGACAUGCAGUGCAGAGAAUCCUCUGAUAUCCAUACCACAGAGAAUUUGUCAUUCUGUCUGCAGACACCAAGAGAGAUGUUUCUAGUUGGGAGUCUUGUCGUCCUCUGUGGGCUGCUGGCCCAGAGCACAGCCCAGCUAGCAGGCCUGCCUUUGCCCCUUGGGCAGGGUCUGCCUUUGCCCCUGGGGCAGGGUCUGCCUUUGCCCCUGGGGCAGGGUCUGCCUUUGGCCGUGAGCCCAGCACUGCCUUCAAAUCCCACAGAUCUUCUUGCUGGAAACUUCGCAAAUGCUCUCAGUGGUGGCCUGCUCUCUGGGGGACUGCUGGGCAUCUUGGAAAAUAUUCCACUCCUGGAUGUUAUAAAGUCUGGAGGAGGCAGUUCCAAUGGCCUUGUUGGGGGCCUGCUUGGAAAACUGACGUCAUCAGUCCCUCUCCUGAACAACAUCCUUGACAUAAAAAUCACUGAUCCUCGGCUGCUGGAACUUGGCCUUGUGCAGAGCCCUGAUGGCCAUCGUCUCUACGCCACCAUCCCUCUGAGCUUGAAACUCCAAGUGAAUAUGCCCGUGGUUGGAAGUUUUUUGCAACUUGCUGUGAAGCUGAACAUCACCGCAGAGAUUGUAGCCAUGAAAGACAAUCAGGGGAGGAUCCAUCUGGUUCUUGGUGACUGCACCCACUCCCCUGGCAGCCUGCAAAUCACCUUGCUCAAUGGAGUCACUCCUGUUCAGAGCUCUUUAGACAGCCUCACAGGGAUACUGACUAAAGUCCUUCCUGAGCUGAUCCAGGGCAAGGUAUGCCCUCUGAUCAAUGGGAUUCUCAGCGGUUUGGAUGUCACCCUGGUGCAUAACAUUGCUGAAUUACUGAUCCAUGGAAUACAAUUUGUCAUCAAAGUUUAGGCUUCCCAGGAAGGAAGGCCCACCUUGGUUGAGCUGAAUCGUUUCUCGAUGCUCUCUCCUGCCUCUUGCCCAGUUUCCCAUGGCUCACAGAAAGGGACCCACGUCCUGGAAAAUCAUAUGCCUGCCUUCUCCUCACAGAGUCUGCUCUCUUUUCCCAUCAGACAUGAUUAAUCCUAAAUAAAAUAGUUCUUCAUCUGCA